AUCGGUUUUUCGCUACAGUGUGGCCACCGUCGCGGCGAAAAACGUCCGAACGUCUCGAUUGGUCGGUCGUCCGCCGUGCCGUCCAAUAGGGAGCCGCUGUCGUUUCUCGUUUUGCCAGCAGCUACUCUACCGUCGUCCGGUCGGUUAUGGUUACAACCGAGCCUGGUUGUACCAUGGAGUACAACCGUUUUACUUUUUUUUAUCAAACGUUACGUUAUCGUUAUUGUGAUAACGGGUCCGUACAGACCUGCUGAUAGUAGAGCACACUAGAUAGUAAAUAAAAACAAUUUGAAAUAAUAUGAAUCUCAGACAAGAGAACAAAAAUUGCGCAUCAGAUACUUAAAAAAAAAGUCACGUUAUCGUAAAUCAAAUAAAAAAAUGCACCUUUAACCGUACUUAUAAUAUUAUGUUUAAUAACUAUUUUACUAGUAAGUUUAUCUAACCAUGUUAAUCGGUAUUAAUAAAUACAAGUAACGUUGAUGUACAAACAUAAUAGAUUUCGAUUAAAUUAAGUAUUAAUGCAAUAUUUUUAAUAACAAAAAUGUUCCAAUUGUUUUAUUUGUCAAGAUUAAAAACAUUCUCGCAAAUAACAUUAAACCGGCUCAAUGAAUACAUCAAUUAUGUGCUAGCGUUUUUUAUAGCCGCAACCGUAAUUUAUAACGAAUGGCUUGUAUAUUCGCUGUAUGCAGGCAAUUGGCCAUCGUUGUAUUGCGGUAAUGAAGAUUAUUGCACUAGAGUUUUGUUAGUGGCCGAUCCACAAAUAUUGGGUGAAGAGCAUGAAAAUUUGUUGACGCGUUGGGACAGUGAUCGAUACUUGUUUAACACUUAUGGCCGGGCAUUCCAACACGUCAGACCCGACAAUGUUGUAUUCAUGGGUGAUCUGAUGGACGAAGGAUCAUUGGCCGACCAACAAUGUUUCGAAAGAUAUUUGUACAGGUUUUGCAAGAUAUUUUUCUUGAAAAAUUCUCCUCCUAUAGCAUCGCAGAAUGUGAUUUUCAUUCCGGGUGACAACGAUAUCGGAGGCGAAGAAGAAAUUGUUAUCCGAGAAAAAGUCGAUCGUUUCAAUGCCCAUUUUGGGUCGCCGGAAAUAAUUGAAAAACAAAAUAUUCAAUUUAUUAUGGUAAACAAAUUAAUAGAAUCAAUGCCUAAUAAUACAGACACUUCUAAUUCGACAAAAACAAUAAAAAUUAUGUUUUCACACGUACCGUUGACGACGAAAUGGUCCCAAUACACGGAUAAAGUGUUACACGAGUUUAACAAUGAAUUCAUCAUCUCCGCUCACGAUCAUAACUCGUACAAUUUUGUCAGCAACGCGAAAACAAAAGAACGUAUAUUUGUACAAAGACUGGGUUUCAACAAUUUAAGCAGUAUGUCUGGAGCGCAGUGGAGGUUCGGACAACAAUCCCCACACGUCGUCACCGAAAUCAUCGUGCCCACGUGUUCGUACAGAAUGGGAUCUGAAAACGUGGGAUACGGCGUGUUGACUAUUGAUACAUUCAGACAUUCGGUCACUUAUACAAUAUUAUGGUCUCCGUCAAGAUUUUAUAGUUUAAACAUAUAUCUGUACGUUUGGGUUUUAUGUUUUUUCCUAUAUUUAUUGCAUUUAUUUACCAGAAACAGUAAUUCCAUUACGUACAGAGUGAUAUGAAAAUCGAGCGAUCAAAAUUCGACUUAAUGUUUUUCUUUGAGAAAAAAGAGCGAAAGUAACUUAACAAAUUGGUAUAAACCUAUCGAAUAUGCUCAAAAUAUAAGUUUAAUUUGUCGCACAUAAUGUGACGUUGUGUUACAAUUUUUUUUAAAAUAAAAAUGAACGCAUACUUUUUGUGAUAAAUAAAUGAAAAAAAUAUAUAAAUAUAUUUAAAGAGCAGUAAACCGGCUCAAAACUUACUACAAUGACAAUCUUGAAUUUUUC